AUGUUGAGAAAUCCUUCGAAAGGCAAGAAUGGCUACAUUUUUUUCGGCGAAGUAUUGUCAGUACACUCGAGGGCAGUAGAAGAGGACGACCGGGAGGAUGAGGAAAGCGAAAACGAGGAAGAUGUAGAAAUCCGGAGAGAGUUAGAGGAGAAGAGAAAGGUCCAUCUGAAAUGGUGUCCAGAGGUAUCUCAAGCAGUUGAGGCUUGCACUGAUAAGACACUUCUCUGCUCCCAUCUUAUCAUAGCUGUGGGAACCAAUGCUACUGGCUUUGUAUCAGCAUUUAUUUUAAACUCUGCAAGCUGGAACAGAGUUGGCUGGCUGUCUCUAUGGAAUGAGAGAAACAGGGGAUCGAGUCUCAUGAAUAGCCCUCCUGCCCCAGGAGAACCAAGCUGUAUGAUAUACCAGCAGAAGGAAGGUGGCUCUGUACUAAUCUGUCAGUGCACAUGCUACGUUGCAGAAGAUCAGCUGUUUCAAUGGACCGAAAAGGUGUUUGCAUGUCUUCAGAAGAGAGGGCUUACUGUUACAGUACUGUCAGAUGCACCCAUUGCAGAAUACAAAACAUCAGACUACCACCAUGGGAGUGACAUUCCAUUUCUUCGUGCUCUGAAGACUAGUGCAUAUAAAGAAGUUGUAAAUUGUCCCUUUCUGGAACAACCAAAUAUCGUCACUGGACUACCUGCAGCAGUGCUUUGCCAUUGUCAAAUUCAUGGGAUCCCAGCUGUAUUGUACCAGAGCUACAGUGAUGUGAUAAGUGCCGACUCUGUCACAAUGGAAACCUACAAGCUUGCUCUUACUUGGACUAAGAGUAUAAAGUUGGAGCCUCCAACCACAGACAUCCUUCAGAAGUUCACAAGGGGCUGUGAUGAUGUCCAUGGUAACCUGUAUACAUAAACGGUCUGUUUUUGUUGACUGUAUACUGUUUUGCAGAGUUUGACUAUGAAAAAUAUUUUUCUAAUGCUGAUAAGACUGUGUGAGAGUAAACUAUUAUUAUUGCUAUUAAACCUGUAAAGCUUUGUACUUCCACUAGAGGUUGUAGUAGGAUGAAAUAUCUUGCACCACAUGGUUAUUAUAGGGGCUUGCCUAACCUCACUUGGCAUUUGACAUAUCCCAAAACAAAUAAACUUUACAUGUUUUUGAAAAGAUGUAUACAUUGAGCAGUGUGUACAUUGAACCUGAUUGAUUCCUCAGAAAAGCAACAAUAAAUUGAGAGUUUUUAAUGCA